CCAUUACUUUUAUUUUCUUUUUACUCGAUUUCUUCCCUCAGAUUUGUCUACAACAUGGAGCCCAAAAAUCACACAGGUGCUCCAGAAUUCCUUCUCCUGGGAUUGACAGAUAAUGCAGAACUUCAGCCCCUCAUCUUUAGCCUGUUCCUAUUCAUUUACCUGAUCACCAUCGUGGGAAAUCUACUCAUCAUUCUGGCUUUCAGCUCUGACUCCAAAAUCCACACUCCCAUGUAUUUCUUUCUCUCCAGUCUCUCCUUUACUGACAUUUGUGUAAGCACAACCACGAUCCCAAAGAUGCUUGUGAACAUACAAGCCCAGAAUCAGAGCAUCACUUAUAUAGGGUGCCUCACUCAGAUUGGAUUUUUCCUGGUUUUUGGUUUAUUUGAGAAUUUUCUCCUUGCGGUAAUGGCCUAUGACCGCUAUGUGGCCAUUUGUCACCCACUGGUCUACAUGGUCAUCAUGAACCCUCGUCUCUGUGGCCUGCUGAUUCUACUCUCUUUGCUUCUUAGCAUUGUGGAUGCCCUCCUCCUCAGUCUGAUGACGUUACAGCUGUCCUUCUGCAAGGACCUGGAAAUCCCUCACUUCUUCUGCGAACUUGCUCAGGUCCUCAAGCUUGCCUGUUCUGAUACACUUAUCAAUAGCAUUCUGAUAUAUUUUAUGGCUGUCCUAUUUGGGGGUAUUCCUCUCUCUGGGAUCAUUUUCUCUUAUACUCAAAUUGUCUCCUCUGUUUUGAGAAUGCCAUCAGUGGGUGGAAAGCUUAAAGCUUUUUCCACCUGUGGGUCUCACCUCUCAGUUGUGUCCUUGUUCUAUGGGACAGCUUUUGGAGUAUAUAUUAGUUCUGCAGUGACAAACUCUUCCAGGAAGACUACAGUGGCUUCAGUGAUGUACACUGUUGUCCCUCAAAUGCUGAACCCCUUCAUCUACAGUCUGAGGAACAAGGAUAUGAAGGGAGCCUUGAGGAAUUUCAUCAGAAGAGGACCUUUGCUGUGA